GGUUCUUGGCCAUUCCGCAAGACGCAACCAACCACCGAGAUGCUGAAGCGCAAGACGCUGUCGCUGGCCGAGGUCGUCGACGCCAUCGAGCAGGUGAUCGACCUCCACGACAAGAUCCCGCUGCACAAGAUGGACGAGGUCAAGCACGCGCUCGAGGACUUUAGCGGCGACAUGGCCGAGCUCCGCCGCUACGCCCACUUUGACCCGUCGCGCAACUACACGCGCAACCUGAUUGCGACCGACAACGAGUCGUAUGCGCUCAUGCUCCUCUGCUGGAACAAGGGCAAGUACAGCCCGAUCCACGACCACCCGUCCGACGGCUGCUGGGUCCGCCUCAUCCAGGGAACCGUCAACGAGGUCCGGUACACCAACACGGGCGCCGAGCUCGUCGAGACGUCCAACGACAACAUCGUCGAGGGCGUCUCGUUCAUGAACGACUCGCUCGGCCUCCACAAGAUUGGCAACCCGAGUGACGAGGUCGACGCGAUUACGCUGCACCUCUACGCGCCGCCGUACGACAAGUGCAAGCUCUGGUUCGACCCGUCGGAUGCGACCAAGGUCUCGACGGCCGUCUCGAGCUUCUACUCGGAGUUUGGCGAACUCAACUAAACCGUACCCAUGUAAUUUAUGACUCCAUCCGAGC